AUAGCCAUAGAAACCAUACCAAGGGUCCGCUAAACUCCUCAUCCCUCAUCCCUCGUCCCACUCAUCCAACCAUCCUUCUAUCAUUAAUGGCAUCGUCUUCCACGUCGCGCAGCUCCAGCUCUGGCUGGUCCAAGGAACAAAACAAGCUCUUCGAGCGUGCACUUGCUAUGUACGACGAGGACACGCCCAAUCGCUGGCAGAAAAUAGCUCGCUUCGUUGGCGGAGGAAAGUCGCCAGAGGACGCCAGGCGCCACUACGAACGCCUCCUCGAAGACGUUCAAAAGAUCGAGUCCGGCGAUGUUCCGAUUCCUAAUUAUUCUACCUCGGCUGCUAACCAGCAACACAGGUACAAAAACUACAACUGACGAAACUGGGGCCGAAUGAAUGUUUCUGGCAAACUGAUCAGUAGACUAAAUACACAUGGGCUCAAAUAAAUUAUCAGCUAUCUGAAUGCUAAAGCUAAAGGGCAAAAAGGAAGAAGAGAACGCUGUAUCCAACUUUCACUAUACUUCUCUAAAUCUACAGAAUACCACAAAUUCCGUAUACGGAUAUUUGCUAGUCUUCUAUGAUCUAUGUAUUUAUAUAUGGUUGUUUAAUGUUACUAAGUUGGAUGUAUCCUUGCUUGUUGUCAAUAUGAUACCGCCUUACC